CAACUUUUGAGGUGUCUGUAAUGAAUUCAACCCAAAGCACUGUGAUGACCCCGAUGGAUGACCCAGAACCGCCAGGCACUGUGAUGACCCCGAUGGAUGACCCAGAACCGCCAGGCACUGUGAUGACCCCGAUGGAUGACCCAGAACCGCCAGGCACUGUGAUGACCCCGAUGGAUGACCCAGAACCGCCAGGCACUGUGAUGACCACGGUGGAUGACCCAGAACCGCCAGGCACUGUGAUGACCACGGUGGAUGACCCAGAACCGCCAGGCACUGUGAUGACCACGGUGGAUGACCCAGAACCGCCAGGCACUGUGAUGACCACGGUGGAUGACCCAGAACCGCCAGGCACUGUGAUGACCACGGUGGAUGACCCAGAACCGCCAGGCACUGUGAUGACCACGGUGGAUGACCCAGAACCGCCAGGCACUGUGAUGACCACCCUGAAUGACUGGUAGUGCUUUUGGAGGA